GAUUUGUACCGGUCAAGGUCGUUCAGGUCAUCGAUACAGUUCUUCACUGCAAUUUUCUCUUCAAAAAUGAUUUAGUGACUUAUAGGAUUUCAGUGAUUGAAAUUCAACAACAGAGUUGUGAGACGCAUUUUUUUUUACCGAUCGUCAUCGUCACGUCCAAGCUUUCUAUGCAGUAACAAGAGGGUUGCAAAACGGUGUGGAGAAAUAGAAUUAUGAUUUAGAGUUGGUUAGGGUGAGGAAUUAGAUCUAGGUUUUCCAUCACGAACUGUCUUCAUCUCAAAUGCCAAAACGCUAUUCAAUUAAAUAGAUUAAUGUAUAUCACGAAAAAUAUACAUACGUCUUGUUAUCUUAUGUCUAAUUGGUUCGUCCAUAAAUUAUAGUCUCGCCGCAUUAAGUAAGCUAUUCACAAGCUAGGUCUAACAAGAGCGAUGUUCUAUACGGCCACGGGAAAGUAGAUAUUUUCAAAAUCAUGUUAUUUUACUCCCGUCUUUCUAAGCCCUUCCUCUGUCUUUCAGAGAUUAAAAAUAUCGUUCUUCACGUUUGCUAUAUCAUUUACUGUCCCUUAGUACUGGGGAAAUUUAAGGAGAAAUGUUUUGCGUUUUUAGAAGCGCCGAUAUUUUGUUAGGUUCAGGAAUAGGAAAGAUUUUUGUUGGCAAAAGGCACUUCCGUGUACUGGUUAGUUUAAUAAACCGGUAAAAAUCCCAUAAAUCACCGAUUUAUUUCCCAUUUGAGCCUCAUCACAGGAAUUCCAGUCAUAAAGAACUUGUAUCACAGUUUCUCAAACUGCUCAUUCAAAGAAAAAUACUGGAGAUACUGCACUGGACAUAAUAAAAAACAAAAUUGACAGUAUUAUCAGCAUAACAUCCACGAUUCAGAAAAAGCUACAGUUCUUUGUGGUCUCCUUUUACCUACUACAUGGACCUAUAAAAGCUGACUUUUGAGCUCCCAUGGGAUCUAAAGGAAUAGACUACUCAUGGAAUGGUCCUAAGGGAAGUGAUUUUAGGGCAUUUGUUUUCGAAUGCCUGUAACCUACGAAUAUAUCCAGUCCUCAAAGACUACAUUUUGCAGCCAUAAAUUAGCAUAUAACAAACUGCUGCCCAGUAAAUUUUUUUAGUUUUUCGUGUUUUCUAAUUUAAAACUCGAUAUUGAAUUCAAAAAGAUUUUCUUACGGACUUUAGUGUUUUGGAUGCCUUAACAGGUGUUAUAAAACACUCAAAGUAUAUUGCAACUUGCACUUGACAUUUAGAAGUUGACUCCAGAAUCUACAGCAUCCAGCUUGUCAAUCGGGAUAUAAAUAAAGCAUGUUCCUAGUUGAUUUUGUCGUUUCUCUCUGAAAAGAUAGUUUUAAUGCUCUGCGUGAGUAAUUUAUUGAAAAUUCCUUCAUAUCAAAGUAAAUCAGUUUAAAUGGAAUUAAAGAUUUAGGGAGUAUUUGGGACUAUCAUGUUAGUGAGUAAAGACUGUUGUUAGAUGGUAUUUAAAAUCAGCUAAUAUAUCUUCGUCAUUGUGCUGGAUAUUGUGAUUUUUGUUUGUUAUGUGAUCAGAAGAAUUGUUUCAACGCUUAUCACGCAGCUGCUUCAAGCGUUUGUGAAGAACACUUCUCAUCUUGCUCUUUCGUUUAGUACCCGUACUUUUUCUAUCUUUUUCGAUUUCUACAUUUAACGACUUACAACUUUGGGCUCUAUCUAAAUUAUUUGACUAAUCUAAACGAUCCCACCAUAAUCAGCAAAGCGAAUUAAUGUAAAAGGCUUUAGGUCACUAUAGUGUGGUAGAAUAUAUUUUACUUUCUCCUUGUAGUUCUCAAACUUACUUCUUUUUGUUGUUUUCAUAAUAGGAUGGAUGUUCAUUGUGAGAUGAAUCAAGAAGGCGAUUCUAAUUAUCAGAAUUCAUACUCUAAAGAAGUUGAGGAAGCGCUUUCCCGGCUUAAUUUAAAAUCGGACAGUUUAGACGAUCCUGAUUUUAAUGUUAUUUCUUAUAUUAAUGAGAGAUUUCCCAGCGAACAGUCACUGGCAAAUAUAGAUGAGUUGAUAGCUGAAGGAGAAGAAAAAAUUCGCGAACUAGACGAUGAAACUAGAGACCUACUACGUGGUCGCUGGCAAACAGAGGAUAAAGGACAAGAGAUUGUUCAGGAUGCAAAGGAUAUGAUAAAAGUACUAUUCUCUAGAAUACAGGAUGUUCAAGAUCGAGCUACUAGAUCAGAAGAAAUGGUACAAGACAUCACUCGUGAUAUACAGCAACUUGAUCAAGCUAAGCGUAACCUAACUGUUUCCAUAACUGCCCUCAAUAAUUUAAUUCUUAUCGUGAACGCCAUUGAUCGUUUGAAUGAAUUGCUCGGAAUACAAAGUUCAGUGAAUGAUCCAAUGUCUUUUGCAAGGGGCAACAACACAAAUGUCAGUGCACAGAAUCCAUUUUUAGAAGCCGACUCUGAAUCCUGGAUGAAUGAAAACCAUCCACCUGAAAAAACAAAGUUCCAAAGAUUUGUACCAUCCUUUUUGGCAGAAAUAUCAAAUUUAUUAGCUCAAGUUCAACGCUUAUUACAACCUAUGCUGUUAGCCUAUGGUUCAGUGUCAUCUGUGGCCGGAUUAUCUCGAGAACUGGAUUCCAUUCAUUCGGUCCUUGCAGAUCGUUUGACUAAGGAAUUGAAACUGUUACUAGCAGCUACUCGAACAGUUACAGAUAACAAGGAACUGAUUUUAUCAGCCUGCGAACUAGUUGACUUGCUCCCUAAGAGUUUUCAUCUCGAUUCGGAUAUUGUAAAUUGGUUUAUCUCUCAUCAUCUAACUGAGUAUAAGGAGCUAUUCGACCCAACACAAACUACUGCUUGGUUGGAUAAAAUUGAUCAGCGAUACAACUGGUUAAGAACUAAUUUGGUUCCCUUAGAACGUUUAUUUAUUUCAGUGUUUCCUCCCUCUUGGUUGGUGACUGAAAGAUUUGUUUUGGAGUUUUGUCAUAUUACACGUGGUGGCUUAGAAACUGUUAUGAAACGACGUCAGUCGGAACUUACCCAUAAUCUAAUUGUUUUCGCAUUGCAACGCACCUUAUCCUUCGAGGCCAGUUUGAAUAAAGCAUAUACGUCUGAAGCGCUAGAAGAAUCACAGUCUGUGAUAGUCAGCGGUAAGAAUAUAGAGCGUUCAUCUAAUCCAUUUGAUGAUAAUGAGGAGGAGGAAGAUGGUUUGGAUGAUGCACAAUCUAAAAAUUCUGCAGAGGCUAAGAAUGAUGAAUCAUCAACAAAUGAUUCUAAACACAAUUGGAAAAAGCAGAUUUUUGAUGGAAUUAUAUCUGGCUGCUUCGACCAAUUCUUUGACCUAUAUUUGGUUCAUUUGGAUAAAGGUCUGAGAGAACAGAUGACGAACCGUUUAAUUGGUGAUUUCACUGUUAAUAAAUCAAGUUUGGAGAACAGAGAUCUUGGAGAUGUAUUCAGAGAUGACAAUCCAUUUGACACUGUACAAAGCAAACCAAACCCCAAUGAUCCUGGCGAGAAUACUCUAUAUUCUGCUACAGAUCUAUUCCUGUUCUAUAAACAAAUAUUAAAACAAACUCUCCAGUUAAACCGGGGUCAUGGUUUGUUAGGACUUGUACGUCUUUUAAGACAGUAUUUGUCUGAAUACACAGUUCGUGUACUUUUAGCUCAAAUUCCAGGCUUAGCGAUUACGAGUAGCAGUGGAACUAACGUUGGUUUAUCUGCGCCGGAUGUUGCAGCGAAAAUGGCGGCAUUCGGUUUAAGCAGUCUCUCAGCUCUUGGACUUGGUCGUGGUCAAACGGGACUCGGUGCAGCUCUAGAAAAUAUUAAGACACAAACAAAAUCCAGUUCUGCGCAAUCUGAUCUGAUAAGUUCAUCAAACAACCAGGUGAUUAACAAUUUACUUCGUGAUGAUGUACAAGGAGUUCGACUAAGUAAGGAUGAUGUCUACAAGGUGUGUGUCGUACUUGUUACAGCGGCAUUUUGUCUGAAGACUGUUGAGGAUUUGGAGAAGCGUCUAAAACAUGAAAUCAGACCACCUAGCUGGGGUUCAAAAAUAUCAUUUGCUUCUGAACUUGAUGGCUUAGCAACUUGUAGAUCUGUUUGUGUCCACCGCCUGGUCGCAGACUUGGAAGCUGGUGUUGAACCUCAGCUAGUCGCUAUGGCACGUUUACCUUGGAAUAAUCUUGUACAAGUUGGAGACCAAAGCGCCUAUGUUACAGCCAUUGUAAAUCAUCUUCGCACUCAAGUUCCGCUGAUACGAGAAACAUUGUACACCGUCAGGCCAGCUUUUACUCAAAUAUGUAUAAAAUUUGCUGAUGCAUUGAUUGCGCGAUUCGUUAAUGCCUUAUAUCGUUGCAAACCGGUCAAUACUUUUGGAGCUGAACAGCUUUUAUUGGAUACCCAGUCGUUAAAGGCUUCUCUUCUUCAAAUGCCUCUUCUUGGAGCUAAGUUUACUCAGACACCUCCACGAAGCUUUACAAAUCUAGUUCAUGAAGGUAUGGGGAAGGCGGAACGUAUAAUCAAAGCCGUUAUGUUACCAGUCGGUGUCGCUACACCAGGAAAACAAGAGUCGACAACUCCUCCAAGUGGAUUUGUAAUGGGUCCAGUCGAUACAAAUGCAGCUAAUGUAUUUUUAGCUAGUUACGAACAAUUAUUACCUGAUCUAACUCAAACCGAUCUACAAAAUGUUUUAGAUAUGAAAGGUGUGAAAUCCAGUGAACAACAGUUGAUUUUGGAAAUAUUUCGUAGUAGAAAUGAAUUUAAGUCAGCGAUGAAAGAAAAAACACCUGAAGUAACUUCAUUUUAUUCUGUUGCUGAUACUGCUAUCACUACUAGCACUAUUGUUACUACUGCGACCAGUAACGUAGCUUUGACAGGGAUAACGACAGUUACCAUGACCACCACUGCUCUUACGAGUUCUUUUGUAGCUACACCGAACUCUCCAAAUAAUCAACAUAAAAAAAUGAAGCAGUCUGUAUCGAUCUCAAUGAAUCCCUUCGAUUCACCUUCGCCAGUAGAAGAGCGGGAGCAAAUAACAGAUAGGAAAGGAAGAAUGGAAAAGUUAUUGAAUAAAAGACGAUAAGACUAUUACUGAAUUGUAAUUGUUUAGUGUUAAUUUCAAUGAAUAAUUAGUAUCUUUAUUGUUGCUUGAACUUUGUUUAUUUUUUCUCCACUCGGUCGAAUUUAUUCCAUCCUUCUCCGUUUUGCUAUGUUAAAACUUUCACUUGUCGAAUUAACUUUUUUAUUGGUGUGUAUAAUUAACAUCCUCUCUUUCUCUCUCUCUCUCUCUCUCUAUAUAUAUAUAUAUAUAUAUAUAUAUAUAUAUAUAUAUAUAUACGAAUCAUUCAUACUACUAUGAUAAUAUAUAUAUUACUGUUAUUACCGGUUUAAAAACGUUGUACCUGGAUGUUUUUUUCGUAUCCUACUUCCUUUUAUUAUUUGUUAUAUUACUUACUAGCUAUAUUGUGAUAAAAUGUUUAUAGGCAACUUUCUCUGUAUUUUUGUUUCUGUAACAUUAUGGUAUGGAUUGAAAUACCAGUUUGUUUUCUGACAAUUUUCUCAAGAAUAUCAUAAUACAUAUCUACUUAGUGAAUCGGUAGUUAUGGUACUGUUAAAUUGGUUGCUAAUGUUUAUUUUACUGUACUUAAUAAAAACUAACAUUAAAAGGGGAUUUUUGUUUGUCAUUCACUUAACCUUAU